AUGCCUAAGUCUACGUCUUCCCCAGCGUCGGCCCGUGCCGACGCAACAACGCAGGGUGAAGGCACUUGUGCUGUCUCUGCCACACAGGCCGACAGCUCUCUACCGCGAAACCUGGCGUUGCGAACCAAAAAAACGGCAAGAAAACCAAAACCCGGCUUAUCUGUAUCCUCCUCGGCUCUACGCCCGCACGUCCCGGCUUCCGACCGUCUCGCUCUCUGGCGUACCCCUCACGGCAUCCAGUAUCGUCAAAAUAUCACUGCCUCGCUCCCACUUGACUCUACUACAGCACUUUUUCGUGUUCUGUUCUCAGGUCUCGAAGAGGAGACUCGCUCGAAUUAUGGCACUGCCCUCGUACGUUUUGCUCAGUUCUGCGACCUUCACCACAUACCCGAGUCCUCUCGCAUGCCUGCUCCCGAAUUUCUUCUUGCUGCUUUCAUCGCGCAGUGGCACGGGCGCAUUACACGUACUACUGUGGAUAACUGGCUCUCGGGUCUGCACUUCUGGCACUCUAUUCACAGUGCACCAUGGCAUGGCGGCGAGCUGGUCCGGAUUGCCUGUAAGGCCAUCUCGAAAGCCGUCCCCGCCACGCCGACCCGCCCAAAGCGGCCUCCUGUGCCUCUGGAUCAUCUCCACGCAUUACGCUCCGGCCUCGAUCUGACGGAUGCCUUCGACGCGGCGGUGUACGCUUGUGCCUGUGUCGCUUUUUGGUCCGUUUGCAGACUUGGUGAACUUACCGUCCCCAGUGCCGAGCUCAUCAACCCUCGAUACCAUAUUCUGCGGGCCCGUGUGCCCCAAUUUCGUACUCUCGCCUGCGGCGUCGAAUAUACCACUCUAAAGAUCCCUUGGAGCAAGUCUACAUGCCAGGAUGGCACGGUUAUUAUUGUUUCACAUCUCGAUGACCCGACUAGCCCGGUGCCGGCCCUCCGUCACCAUCUCGCUGCAAACGCGACCGUUCCCACCCAUGCACCGUUCUUCGCUUACGAAACCGCUUCUGGUGGCUGGGCUCCUCUUACUCGUACCUGGUUCCUGGAGCGCUGUAAUAAGGUGUGGACUUCCGCCGGCCUCCAAUCUGUCACGGGCCACUCUUUCCGCAUGGGCGAUGCGACCGAGCUGCUACUACGCGGAAUACCUCUCGACGUUGUCGCCGUGCAAGGGCGAUGGAAGUAG